UUUAAUACAUACCGUAUGACCAGUGCCCCCUACUGAAGACAAAUAUUGCACUGAUACACACUCAGAAGAAUUAAUGGCUGUGUGGAGAGUUGAUUUUGUCCUCUCUCUCUGUCUUGUGCUUUUCUCUGUGCUAAGACAAGCAACAUGUGAAACAGUCGAGUAUCACAUAGCAGCGGUUGAGAUCAAGUGGGACUAUGGACCAAGUGGCUAUAAUCAGAUCAAUGGAAAAAAACUGGAUGAAGACAGCGAAGCUAAGAUUUUCACGAAAAGAAGCCAAGAAAGAAUUGGAAGAAUUUACAAUAAGAUUGUCUACCGCGAAUGCGCGGAUUCGUCAUGCAAAGCAAUGAAAAAGCACCCAGAUAAUCUGGGAAUAUUAGGACCAAUAUUCCGCGCUGUAGUUGGAGAUGUGCUCAAGAUUCAUUUCACAAAUCGUGCCAAUAGAAAUUUUUCCGUUCAUCCUCAUGGCGUGUUCUACCUGAAGGACUCUGAAGGUGCUUUGUAUAACGAUAAUACGGCGGGGAGAAAUAAGGAAGAUGACGGUGUACCUCCAAAUGGUAAACACACUUACACUUGGGAGGUGAAACCAGAACAUGGCCCUACAAAUAAUGAUUCAGACUGCCUCACCUGGGCUUAUCAUUCUCAUGUCAAUCCAAGAAAUGACGUUAAUACUGGACUCGUAGGUGCAAUGAUCAUUUGCAAAAAGGGCACGUUCAUAAACGGGAAACAUAAAGAUAUCGACAAGGACUUCGUGCUUCUGUUUACAGUUAUGGAUGAAAACCGAAGUUGGUUAUUGAAGAAGAACAUCAAGGAAUAUUGUGGACCGAAUUUUACCAUCCCGCAGGAUGAAGAGGAGUUUAAGGAAUUCAGAGACGGCAACAACAUUCACAUGAUCAAUGGUUAUAUCUUUGGAAAUGUUCCUGAUCUUAAGAUGUGCGUUGGUGAUGUCGUUGAUUGGCACCUGUUUGGUAUGGGAAGUGAAACUGAUCUACAUUCUGUUACGUUUCACGGUCACACAGUGAGAGUUGACGGUCAUCGCUCGGUCAAAGACGCCGUGUUUCCCGCCAGAUCAUCGACCGCUCACAUGACCGCAUGGAAUCCCGGGAAAUGGCUGCUACGCUGCCUCGUCAAUAAGCACUACAUCUCCGGCAUGACCGCAUUAUUCGACGUCGACUGGUGCCCAGGGAAGGCCGUACCUGCAGUUGAGCCCGCACGAGGCAAAACACGAGAAUACUUCAUCACAGCCGAGGAGACACUUUGGGAUUACGCUCCUUCGGGAAUGGAUAAAUUUAACGGAGGAAACCUUGCAAGCAAGGAUAGUAAAGGUCAUGAGUUCUUUGUAAAGUCCAACGACUCCAUCGGUGGACAGUAUUGGAAGGCACUGUACUUCGAGUACACGGAUGAAAGUUUCACAACAAAGAAACCAAAACAUGAACAUUUAGGUUUUCUCGGACCCGUCAUCCGAGCUGAGGUCGGGGAUACCAUCAAAGUUACAUUUAGAAACAAGGCAUCGCGUAACUUCAGUAUUCAUGCCCAAGGCGUGUUUUACAACAAGUCUAACGAAGGUUUGCCCUACCAAGAUGGAACAAACGGUUCAUCCAAGAGAGAUGACAUGGUGGAACCAAACAUCACCGUGCUGUACACGUGGACAAUACCUGAUCAUCUUGGGCCAACAGAGCAAGAUCCUGAUUGUCUUACGUCGGUGUAUACCUCCUCUGUUGAUCCCGUGCGUGAUGUGUACUCUGGUUUAGUUGGGCCGCUAUUGAUUUGCAAGAAAGGAACGUUAGACGCAGGUGGAAAACAGAAAAACUUUGAGAAGGAGUUUAUAGUAUAUUUUACUGUGACAAACGAGAAUAAAGCCUGGUAUAUCAAACGAAAUGCACAGAAGUUUGCUGGAAGUUCGUAUGAAUACGAUGAUGAUAAAGAAGGCAAUCUGAUGCAUGGAAUUAAUGGAUACCUCUACGCAAAUCUUCCUGGUCUUGACAUGUGUUUGAACAAGAAGAUCUCCUGGCAUAUUAUCGGCCUGGGAGACGAGGUUGAUAUACAUGGGGUGAAUUUUCAUGGACAGACAUUCGAGAUGAACAGUAAUCGGAAGGAUACCGUUUACCUAAUUCCAGGUUCGUACCAAACCAUCUCCAUGCAACCUGAUAAUCCUGGGGAAUGGGCGCUAGUAUGUCGAACCAACGAUCAUUUUGAUGCAGGAAUGGUGGCGAAGUUUCGAGUGAAUGGUUGUAACUCUGAAGUGCCUGAUAUUGCUGUAACCAACACGAAGACAUACUACAUCGCCGCGGUUGAAGAGGUCUGGGACUACGCUCCCACCGCCAUGAAUAACAUACAGGGGACUGAACUGGAUAAAGACGAAGAGGCAAAAGUGUUCGCAAAAUCAGGACCAAACCGAAUUGGUCGUAAAUACAAGAAAGCAAUUUACAGACGAUACUCGGACAGCAGUUUCACCAAGAGAAUGUCUCAGCCGGAUCAUCUCGGAAUACUUGGACCAAUGAUCAAGGCUGAGGUCGGAGACAGGAUUAGAGUUGUUUUCAAGAACAUGGCAUCGAGGAAUUACUCCGUUCACCCGCACGGCGUGUUUUAUGACAAGCAGAACGAGGGAGCUUUAUAUUUGGACAACACCACUUCUAAGGCCGACGACGCUGUCCCACCUGGUCAGACAUACACAUACACAUGGCGUGUACCUCAGAGGGCUGGGCCAAGCGAGACUGACAACGAGUGUAUCACGUGGUCUUACUAUUCCCACGUCAACCCGACCAAGGAUACCAACACUGGACUCGUUGGUCCGUUGAUUAUUUGUAGAAAGGGAUCUUUAGAUGGAGACAAGACGAAAGGAGUUGACAGAGAGUUUCCCCUCUUCUUCAGUGUAAUUGAUGAGAACCAGAGUUGGAAUUUGAAUGAGAACUUCAAAUUUUGUUCGACCGCUAAUUGCGGGAAUCAAGAAGGCCAUUUUGACUUCGUGGAGAGCAACAGCAUGAAUGCAAUCAACGGUCGUAUUUAUGGAAAUUUAAAGGGGUUGGAGAUGAAACGAGGGGAGAAAGUUAACUGGUAUUUAAUGACACUCGGCACCGAGAUUGAUAUGCACAAUGUUCACUUUCAUGGGCAGACAGUUUUAGCCAGAACAGUUGCUGACCAUCGCGAGGAUGUUGUUGAUCUUUUUCCUGGUGUGUUCAUGACCGUCAAAAUGGUACCAGAUAGUACUGGCAGAUGGUUAUUACAUUGUCACGUGAAUGAUCACAUGGCACACGGGAUGGAAGCCCUUUAUGACGUCACAGGCGAAGAAGACACCUCAACUCGAAAACCUCAACCAACCAGUUUGGCUGGUUACAUCAUGCCAAAUAUCGUUGUUUUUGUGCUGGGAUUUCUUAGUUUGAUUAUAACCUAAUUCAUGCAUUCAUCUUGUAACAGACUACGUUACCAUGUUAGAGAUCAUUCACAGAACACAACUCGUAGUGACGCAAUAGAUAAAUCGCAUGCCAUAGAUAAAUUGACUGUCAAUUAAAAACAUGGAAUCAACUCUUAUUUACUUUUUCAAAAAUAUUAUUU